AGUCCUAAAUCUUUGGCACGUCCUCGGACAGCUCCAAACCAGGGGUCCUUGAGGACCUGUUGGGUAGUGUCUAGGUGUGGUUAGCUCAGGUAAACCCAGAAAGUGAGUUUGGGCUGGUACUCUAAUAGUCUGCAUUUAAAGGUUUUAGAAGAGCAUUAUUUGUAAAAUGAAUCCAAUUCCGUCAAAUCUGAAAUCUGAAGCCAAGAAGGCUGCAAAAAUUUUGAGAGAGUUUACUGAAAUAAGUUCAAGAAAUGGACCUGAUGUAAUCAUACCAGCUCAUGUGAUAGCUAAAGCGCAAGGACUUGCUAUCAUCUCUGUGAUUAAAGCUGGAUUUUUAGUAACUGCUCGUGGAGGCAGUGGAAUUGUGUUGCGCCGCCUGCCAGAUGGAAGAUGGUCUGCUCCUUCAGCAAUAGGCAUUGCUGGUCUUGGUGGGGGUUUUGAGAUUGGAAUUGAGGUAUCUGAUUUGGUGAUAAUCCUGAAUCAGAAGCGUGCAGUUGAUGCUUUUGCAAAAGGGGGAAAUCUCACACUAGGUGGAAAUUUUACUGUUGCAAUUGGGCCCAUUGGCAGAAACUUCGAGGGAGACGUUGCUGUUAGAAAUACAGCAGCUGUCUACACAUACUGCAAGUCACGUGGGUUGUUUGCUGGAAUAUCAUUAGAAGGAUCUUACUUGAUUGAAAGAAAAGAGACCAAUCGCAAGUUUUACUGCGAGGACAUCCGAGCAUGUUCAAUUUUGUAUGGCGAUGUUGAGCCUCCAGCUGUAGCCCAUGAGUUGUAUGACAUAUUGAAUACAUUCGAUGAGCAGUACCAGAAGGAAGAACAGCGUGAAAAUAAGAAAAAAGUAAGAAGAGCACAAGCAAAGGCCAAAGAAUCACAAAAGCCCUCACCCGGACCACAACUUACACAGCCAUCUGUGAAUGGAGGAUUAAGAGUACAGCCUAGACACUGGCCACCACCUCAUCCUUACACUGAAAGUGCGUAACACAGCCUGAUGACAGAUCAACGGUAGAUUCAUCCUCUG